UUACUUAGAUGUGAGAUCUGCGUAUAGGCAGUGUCGACUUCAAACUCUUAUUUAUACCUAUUGAUAUAUAUCCUUUUAUACCUUUAUCCAUUGAACUACUUUCUACUCUUGUACUUCAUCUUAUAUUGCUCAGUGUACCUAUACGUAUCUCAUCGUCCACUGUCUGUUACAUAAUGUUCAUUUAUCAUUACUGGUCAGCGCAGAGAGUGGUCGUGAUGAUGCGCGAUACAAUUACACAAAUUACUAUUAUAAAGUAAUUACUGGUUGACAGCUUUACUAUGCUUUUGAUUGUUCCUUUUUCCACAAUUAGUUUAUUAGAAAAUGACAGCGUGAGUACAUCUACUCUGAGUCUCCAGAGUGCAAGAGGAAUGGCAUUGGAUUCAGUGGUGUCAAGCAACUGUCCCCUCAGGAAAUGGAGGAGUGUCGCUUGAGGGUUAGGUACAAACAAUCGGCGGCCCGAUCGGAUUUAGAAAAAUUCUCCCAAAGGACAUGCUUGUCUUCACGAAAGGUUUUGGCAGUGUCUGCCUGUUAUACAGAGUCUGAUGAGCACUCUGGACUGUCCCAAUGACUCUGAGCAGGUGGAUACAAGCUGUGAGCUGUUCUUGUCAUUCACUGGUGUAGAAAAUGGUACACGAGGACAGCACGCACUCUAUGUGACCUUUGCGCGAAUUACAGCCACGCCCCUCUGCCGCGAUUUUUGAGAAACGAUUGCGCCCCCUGAAAGCGUGUUUCUGUAAAUGCAAACCAAUGUCUGCUUAGCCACCCACCGUUGCCUCGCACUUGAGGGUGUACAAGUCCUUGAAAGUAGUGGAGCUUAGAAGGAACGAUAGAGAUGACAGUCAGAGCCUAAGAUUUCGAAUAAUCUGUCCACGGCUGUGCAUUUUUUUUUUUUUUUCGUGAAAUGCUUCGCACCAUACUUCAUUUUGCAGGAAACUGAAAAGACUAUGAAAAUUUCGAAGGGCCUCAAGUCGUAACUAUUGUGAACAGCGCUUUUCUUUGGUGUUCCAUCAAGAUAUCUGAGGGCUGCAGAGACAAGAAACCUAAAACUACAAUGAGUGCUGCAAGCUACAACGUGAUGCUGGUUGGUAAGACAGGGAGUGGAAAGAGUUCCCUGGGUAACCUGCUAUUAGGCAAAAAGGGAUUUGACCCAAAGUCGGGAUGGAACUCUGGGACGCAGACAAGUCACUGGGUGAAGUCUUUGCUUGACGGCGUUGAACUGAAGAUAACUGAUGUACCAGGCUUAAGCGACACCCAUCGCCCCGAAAAAGAAAUUUUGAGGGAAACUGCUAAGAGUGUGACUAUGGUUGCCCCAGGACCUCAUGUCAUUAUUUUUGUCUUUUCAUCCAGAGAGCGUUACACACAGGAGCAGCACGCUGCCUAUACGACGAUGAAGAAGUUCUUCACAGACAGGAUGUGUCGUUUUAUGAUAGUAGUUUUCACUGCAAUAGAUGAUAUAGACGAUGUUGAAGGUUCUCGAAUGGAUAAGCUGACUCACAAAAUAACAACAGCUCCUCCUAACCUGAUGGAAGUUCUGAAAGACGUGGAGAACCGUUACAUUGCUGUAGAGAAUAAGGCCCCGGAGCCCGAUAAACGAAAGCAAAGACUGGAAAUAAUCAGUAUGUUACAGGCACUUUGCCUCACGAACAAAGGAGAACAUUUCGCCAUCCCAGAGAAAGUCAACGCGCUUCUGGAGGAGGAAGUUCAAACUGUGCAGACAAUACAGGCCUGUACACGAGAGGAGGCAGAGAAUAUUGUUAAAACGGAGAUUGGGGCAGAUAAAAAGCCAGCACUUGUGGAGAAGGUAGAGAAACAAGCCAAGAGUGAAGGAUGGUGGUGCACCAUACUGUGACAUUACUCUCUGUGCUUGUGAAAGGGAGGAGUCUGUGGUACAUUAACUAUGGACCCACGGAGAACGAUUAUGAAUUCAUUGGUUACUAAAAUAUUGAAUAUAUUUCUUGCAAAAGUGUACAUAUGUUUGUGCAAGAUGUUUGUCAAUGAAAUAUUGUUGCAGCUAAAUUAACUAAACUCAGGAUUUGAAAAAGCGUUUUGGAUCAUAUUUUAAACAAAUAAAAAAGUCGUUUAAUGAUAUGAAGUUAAACUAGCGCCUACGUUAGACAGCACCUACAUGAAUCCCAGUUUCAAUACCAGUUAAAAAAUGGAUGAAUACCAGUUAGGUAUUAGCUAUGAAGGAGUUAGGCAGGUGUAGAGUCGGAGGGAAUUAGUUUGCAUCUGUAUAUAAUCUAAAUAAAUCCAUUUUAGUUUUA